GUGAAAAUGCCAGAUGUAGAAUUUUUUGUUAAUUUGGGGGACUGGCCUCUGGAGAAAAAGAAGUCCGCACAGAACCUGCACCCCAUCUUCUCAUGGUGUGGGUCCAGUGAAUCAAGAGACAUUGUUAUGCCAACAUAUGACUUAACAGACUCCGUUUUGGAGACUAUGGGACGAGUCAGUCUGGAUAUGAUGUCAGUUCAAGCAAAUACCGGCCCGUCAUGGGAAGAGAAGAACACCACGGCAUUCUGGAGAGGACGUGACAGCCGCAAAGAGAGGCUUGAGCUUGUAAAACUGAGCAGAAAAUACCCAGAGAUCAUAGAUGCUGCUUUCACAAACUUUUUUUUUUUUAAACAUGAUGAAAGCCUCUAUGGCCCCAUUGUUAAGCACAUUUCAUUUUUUGAUUUUUUUAAGUAUAAGUAUCAAAUUAAUAUUGAUGGCACAGUGGCAGCAUACAGAUUGCCUUAUCUACUAGCAGGAAACAGUGUGGUGCUAAAGCAAGACUCCAUCUACUAUGAGCAUUUUUAUAAUGAGCUGCAGCCAUGGAAGCAUUAUAUUCCAUUUAAAAGUGACCUGAGUGAUCUACUGGAAAAACUACAGUGGGCAAAAGAGCAUGAUGAAGAGGCAAAAAAUAUUGCAAAAUCUGGACAAGAAUUUGCAAGAAACAAUCUCAUGGGAGAUCACAUUUUUUGUUACUAUUUCAAACUUUUCCAGGAAUAUGCCAGCUUGCAAGUGAGUGAGCCAAAAAUCAGAGAUGGGAUGGAGAAAGUGCAGCAGCCUGAUGAUGACCUUUUUCCAUGUACUUGCCACAGAAAAAAGGCCAAAGAUGAACUCUGA